UCUCUAGAUUCCCUUUCCACCGCCUCCCCGGACGCAUCGGCUCUCCCACGUGUUGCUCUUUGGCAGCUUCUCCUUCUGCCAGAAAACAGAUGGAUGUUUCCGCUUCCAGGAGAUGCUUCAGAUCACAUCCCUCCCCUUCCAAAAAAAUGCACAUUUCAAGGAUCCAAGUAACUAAAAAUGCACUUGAACGUGGAUGUGUGUGCGGGUGUGUUCGUAAAUCACAUGUCAAGUGGAGAAGCGACGGACCCCAAAGCGGAGCCAACGGGAAAGGAAACGGAGCCGCCGAGAAAAGAAGAGCGAGGAUGGGAGACAAGAAGGGAUGGCCCACCUUGCUGAACAAGCAAAACACGCCGAUGUUGGUGGCCGAGAGCAAGAACGAAAGGUGCCGUGGUCAAAACACGCCAAGGACUAAACCUGCUGGAGACGGGAUAUAUACAGGACAGUUGGAACCAAUAAAUGAGGGCCUUUUGUCUAGAAUCUCCGAUCUCUUACUGUGCAGAUGGACUUGCCGGAAUUGUUGCCAGAAGUGUUAUGACUGCAGCUGUUGCCAGUCAAACGAAGACGAAGUGGAAAUCCUGGGGCCUUUUCCGGGCCAGACGCCUCCCUGGUUGAUAAGCAACAGAAGUGAGGACAAAGAUGGCGACUCUGACAAUACAACGGCAAGCGAACCUCCUGCGACACCUCAGGAAGCUUCACCAGAUAGAAGACGAUCCUCUUCGGAUACGUCCCGAUCCACUUACAGCCUGACAAGAAGGAUUUCAAGCCUUGAGGUGAGGCGGCCGAGUUCUCCCCUCGUGGACAUCAAACCGAUGGAGUUCGGGAUUUUAGGAGCCAAGAAAGAAGUCGUCCAGCCCAGCGUCCUGAGGAAAAGCUAUGCUCCCGACGACUAUUUUAGGAAAUUUGAGCCGAGACUGUAUUCGCUCGACUCCAAUAGCGACGACAUGGAUUCCUUGACCGACGAGGAGAUGGUGGCCAAGUACCAGCUGGGCAUGCUGCACUUCAGCGCCCAGUACGACCUCCUGCACAACUACCUCAUCGUCCGGGUGAUCGAGGCCAAGGACCUUCCUCCGCCGAUCUCCUACGACGGGUCCCGGCAGGACAUGGCGCACUCGAAUCCCUACGUCAAGAUCUGCCUCCUGCCCGACCAGAAGAACUCCAAGCAGACCGGCGUGAAGCGGAAAACCCAGAACCCGGUGUUUGAGGAAAGGUACACCUUCGAGAUCCCGUUUUUGGAGGCCCAGAGGAGGACUUUGCUCUUGAACAUUGUGGAUUUUGACAAGUUUUCACGCCACUGCGUGAUCGGGAAAGUCUCGAUGCCCUUGAGCGAUGUCGACCUCGUCAAAGGUGGGCAUUGGUGGAAGGCCCUCAUCCCCAGCUCCCAGAAUGAAGUUGAGCUGGGCGAACUCCUCCUGUCCUUGAAUUACCUUCCUAGCGCGGGAAGACUGAACGUCGACAUCAUUAGAGCCAAGCAGCUGCUUCAGACGGAUAUGAGCCAAGGUUCAGACCCCUUUGUGAAAAUCCAGCUCGUCCAUGGGUUGAAACUGGCCAAAACCAAGAAGACCUCUUGCAUGAAGGCCACCAUCGAUCCCUUCUACAACGAGUCCUUCAGCUUCAAAGUCCCACAAGAAGAGCUCGAAAAUGCCAGCUUGGUCUUCACAGUCUACGGCCACAAUGUGAAAAGCAGCAACGACUUCAUUGGACGGAUCGUGAUCGGCCAGUACGCCACCGGCUCCCCCGAAUCCAAACACUGGCGACGGAUGCUCGGCUCGCAUCGCACCGCUGUGGAGCAAUGGCACAGCCUCCGCUCGCGGGCCGAAUGCGACCGCGUCUCCCCGGCGUCCCUAGAAGUGACAUGAGGAGGACGGUGACAACGCUGCUGACACACUACCGAGCAGAGAUAGAUAACACAAGACAAGUCACCCACAUAUUUGCACACGGUCACCACAGAAUCGACAGCAACUGUUGUGACCACUCCGUGCCUCCGCCAACACUCACUCAUGCGUCCCAUUGCUUACUUGUUUCAGGACCAUGGACCACUCAGCACAUCGGGCACACUACCAUUUGUAUCACAUUUAUGGUCUUGACAUUGCUAUGUAGGGCAGUGAGGACUGUUCCAAAGGUGGCUCACAGAUACAUUAUAAGGAUUCCUUUUUGGCCUGCUGCAUCAUUGUCUAGUGCAGACCCCAGGCUGAAAAUGCCAAGUUGCUAUUCAGUUGCCUUUACUAAACCGUAACUCUACGUCCCUGUUUGUCAGUGUAUCCGAAGGUGUCCGUUCCCAUGUCUUCUUGUUGAUGAAUGUGCAGUAAAUAGGAUAGAAUGUUGUAAAGAUCUAAUUACGACUAAAGUUCUUUCAGGCAGGGGGGAAUCUUUUUAUCCCACCACUGCCACCAAUUUGUAAAGAACUAUGAACGACUAAGACCAAUUUGGAAAGAUGCAAAACCACCAAAGACUCACUUUAAAGGGUAGCGUAACUUGGGUUAGAAUAUAUGCGACAGAGGCUUAGAUGUUGGAAGAACAAUAACAAGUUUAUUCAGGCACAGAGCUUAGUGGUUACAAUGUUGUUUCUCACUUAGAGGUAUUCUUAUUAACAGUUACAAUACUAGAAUGAGAUGAAUCAACUCUCUAAAGUAUCACUUCUUUUACUUAAAGUAGUUAAAACUUCUUCCUCUGCCACUUUUAGACCAUUACUUCAUUGGAUCUCUGUGAGUCCAGCUGGGAUUGGUUCCCAAAGUGUGAAAUUUGGACUAUCCAGUGACUUCAAACCACAGUCACCCCUGUGAUAUACUAUCACAGAUUCUUUCUAGGACACAGACUACAUUAAAUAAGUCACCAAACUUAUUUAAAACAGACUCAAAAUGAACAAUUGAGUCUCCUUGAUCCCAUCAACCUGGAAUCAAUCUUCCCUGUGCCUCCUCAGAGCACAGACUGACCCUCGUUUUUAAACUCUGCACUUUCUUCAACUAAACGGCAGUUGGCUCCGCCUACUUCUCCAUGGCAAUCAGCCUCUUGAGUGCUGAGAUGCAAUAACUGUAAUACUUACCCUUUUAAAACAUAAACACACAAUUAAACAUAACCUCUGUAAACCAAAAUUCAUACUUCAUUGUAAAGAACUAUGAACGACUAACUCUACGUCCCUGUGAGUCUGUAUCCGAAGGUGUCCGUUCCCAUGUCUUGUUGUUGAUGAAUGUGCAGUAAAUAGAAUAGAAUGUCGAAACACUGUUUUAGCAUUUUGCCUUUGACAAUACAAUUCAAUACAAUUCCUACAAAUGCUUACUAGUUAGUCUUACUACAUUGAAUGAAGAGACUUGUUCACUCUAUGGCUCAAUAAAGAAAACACUCUCGGUGUUGUCUUCUCCCCGGAA